AUGAAGUGUAACCUUCUCCUGUCCUGGGCCUUCCUGCUCGUGGCCUCUGGCCCACUGCUGGCUCACCCCAUCACAGACUCUGCAGAGAUGCCCUAUCCAGGACCUGUAUCAGUGGAGGACGGCCUGGAUGAUCUGUCUCUCUCUGAGCAAACCUUCCCUCCUCAGGAUGGCGGGCUCAGAUACUCCACUCUAAUAUCUGGGGAGUUUAACCGAGAUGGUGUCAGAACAGGCCUGCUUCCCAGGGGGUUGAAAAGAGAGGUCCUAUUGGAGAAACAGAGUCUCCUAAAUCCUUUCAGCCGUGUGCUGGGCAUUCGGAAGCAGUUCAGGAAGCGAGCAGGGAAUUCUGAGUGUUUCUGGAAGUACUGCGUGUAA